AUGCCUAGCCUGGUAGUCCCAGGGAUAAUGGAAAGGAACGGGGGUUUCGGCGAUUUAGGCUGUUUCGGUGGGAGCGGCAAAGACAGAGCGCUGCUUGAGGAUGACCGGGCGCUGCAGCUCGCCCUGGACCAGCUCUGCCUGCUGGGGCUAGGCGAGCCUUCCUCCUCCUCCUCCUCCUCGGCCGUGGUGCUGGUGGAGGACAGCAACAACAACAACAAUAACCCGCCGCCGCCGCCGCCGCAGCAGCCCCCGCCGCCGCCGCCGCCGCCGCAGCAGCCGCCGCCGCCGCCGCCGCCGCCGCCGCCCCCGGCGGCCCCGAAGGGCUCGGCGGCGCCCAGCGCCGGGGCGGCGGAGCCCAAGUUGUGCGCGCUCUACAAGGAGGCCGAGCUGCGGCUCAAGAGCAGCUCCAACACCACCGAGUGCGUCCCGGUGCCCAGCUCCGAGCACGUGGCCGAGAUCGUGGGACGGCAAGGCUGCAAGAUCAAAGCCCUGCGGGCGAAGACCAACACCUACAUCAAGACCCCGGUGCGGGGAGAGGAGCCGGUCUUCAUGGUGACGGGGCGGCGGGAGGACGUGGCCAUGGCCCGGCGGGAGAUCAUCUCGGCGGCCGAGCACUUCUCCAUGAUCAGGGCCUCCCGCAACAAGGCGGGCACCACCUUCGGCAGCGCACCCACCCUGCCGGGGCAGGUCACCAUCCGGGUGCGCGUGCCCUACCGCGUGGUGGGGCUGGUGGUGGGCCCCAAGGGAGCCACCAUCAAGCGGAUCCAGCAGCAGACCAACACCUACAUCAUCACGCCCAGCCGAGACCGGGACCCUGUCUUUGAGAUCACCGGCGCUCCCGGCAACGUGGAGCGCGCCCGGGAGGAGAUCGAGACACACAUUGCGGUGAGGACAGGCAAGAUUCUGGAGUACAACAACGAGAACGACUUCCUCUCCAGCAGCCCCGACUCCGGCAUGGAGAACCGCUACUCAGAGGCUUGGCGGGUCCACACGCCAGCGCCGGGCUGCAAGCCCCUCUCCACCUUCCGCCAGAACAGCCUGGGCUGCAUCGGCGACUGCUCUGUUGACCCCGUCUACGAGACCCCCCGGCUGAACGACCAAAACGACUUCAAUUACGGUUACCUCUUCCCCAACUACGGCGUGAACAAGCAGGAUUUGUACUACGGGGUGCCGGAGUCAGGGGCCCCGAUGUGGGCUGGGCAGGAGAACACCAACCCCGUCUCGGUGCUCUUCUCGAAGCAGCAGCGCUCCAGCAGCACCGGCACCAUCCACCCCAACUCCCACCGCUCGCCGUCCUCGUCCAUCCCGGAGCCCGGCCUCUCCGGGCUGCCCCGGCGGUCGCAGGGGGAGCCGCUCCAGGGGUUUUCCAAGCUGGGAACGCCCGCCGCUGCCCGGACGUCCGUGGCCAGCAGCCGCGAGUGCAUGGUGUGCUUUGAGAGCGAGGUCACGGCCGCGCUGGUGCCGUGCGGCCACAACCUCUUCUGCAUGGAGUGUGCCGUGAGGAUCUGCGAGAGGACUGAUCCCGAGUGCCCCGUCUGCCACGCGGCAGCCACUCAGGCCAUUAGAAUAUUUUCCUAAAGAGACAGAGCA